AUGAGUGUUGACUUUCCUGUAAUAUGCACGACCGCGCAGGGCUGCAGCAGAGACAAAUGUUUUAGUUUCUUUCUAUCCGUUCAUCGUUUCUUUCCUUCCUCCAUUUCGCUUUUCUUACCUUCAUUUUAUCAUAUCUUCAUAUUUCUUUUCUUCCUUUCUCAAGAAAUGCGUCAUUCUUUUUUUUUUCCUCUAGUCUAUCAUUUAACACUUUAUCGCUAUCUUUUCAUUAUUUUCUUUCUUUUGCUUCGGUCUUUUUCUUCCUCUCUCUCUCUCUUUUUCGCCUCUUCCUCUCUCUCUCUCUCUCUUUUUCGCCUCUUCCUCUCUCUCUCUCUCUUUUUCGCCUCUUCCUCUCUCUCUCUCUCUUUUCGCCUCUUCCUCUCUCUCUCUCUCUUUUUCGCCUCUUCCUCUCUCUCUCUUUUUUCGCCUCUUCUCUCUCUCUCUCUUUUUUCGCCUCUUCCUCUCUCUCUCUCUCUUUUUCGCCUCUUCCUCUCUCUCUCUCUCUUUUUCGCCUCUUCCUCUCUCUCUCUCUCUUUUUCGCCUCUUCCUCUCUCUCUCUCUCUCUUUUUCGCCUCUUCCUCUCUCUCUCUCUCUCUUUUCGCCUCUUCCUCUCUCUCUCUCUCUUUUCGCCUCUUCCUCUCUCUCUCUCUCUUUUCGCCUCUUCCUCUCUCUCUCUCUCUUUUCGCCUCUUCCUCUCUCUCUCUCUUUUUUUUCCUCUUCCUCUCUCUCUCUCUUUUUCACCUCUUCCUCUCUCUCUCUCUUUUUCGCUCUCUCUCUCUCUCUCUCUUUUUCGCCUCUCUCUCUCUCUCUCUUUUUUCGCCUCUCUCUCUCUCUUUUUCGCCUCUCUCUCCUCUUCCUCUCUCUCUCUCUCGCCUCUUCCUCUCUCUCUCUCGCCUCUUCCUCUCUCUCUCUCUCUUCCUCUUCCUCUCUCUCUCUCUCCUCUCUCUCUCUCGCCUCUUUCUCUCUCUCUCUCUCGCCUCUUUCUCUCUCUCUCUCUCGCCUCUUCCUCUCUCUCUCGCCUCUUUCUCUCUCUCUCUCGCCUCUUCUUCUCUCUCUCGCCUCUUCCUCUCUCUUCUUCUUCUCUCGCCUCUUCUUCCUCUCCUCUCUCGCCUUCCCCUCUCUUCUUCCUCUCUCGCCUCUUCUUCCUCUCUCGCCUCUUCUUCCUCUCUCGCCUCUUCUUCCUCUCUCGCCUCUCUUCCUCUUCUCUCUCUCUCUCUCUCGCGCCUCUUCUUCCUCUCUCUCUCUCUCUCUCUCGCCUCUUCUUCCUCUCUCUCUCUCUCUCUCUCGCCUCUUCUUCCUCUCUCUCUCUCUCUCUCCUCUUCCUCUCUCUUUAUUUUUCUUAUUAAUCGGAGUGCCGGCGUUCGAAAUGUUUGUUUGCCUCUCUCUAGGGCGUUCGAAAUGUUUGUUUGCCUCUCUCUAGGGCGUUCGAAAUGUUUGUUUGCCUCUCUCUCUAGGGCGUUCGAAAUGUUUGUUUGCCUCUCUCUAGGGGCGUUCGAAAUGUUUGUUUGCCUCUCUCUAGGGCGUUCGAAAUGUUUGUUUGCCUCUCUCUAG